GGGCAUGGGGGAGGGGCACCGGGAAUAUGCCCCGCCCCCCGUGGCUACAGCCCUUGUAGAUCUCUCAAUUCAGCCUUUCAGGUAGAGAAUAUGAAGCUUUGUAACAUGCAGUCACUGAGAGCCAUUGGCUGUCAUCGAGCCAUCUUUGGUAUUGCCUUCAUCGGCUACAUGCUAUCAGGGGUUACCCUGACAUCUGGCAUGCAGUGCUCUGGUAUUCCUCCAUCUUUCCGCUUUAAUUGCUACCCUGAAAAAGGUGCAACUCAGCAGGAAUGCCAGCAACGUGGAUGCUGUUGGCUAGCAUCCAAAAACCUGGACGAGGGUGUUCCCCACUGUUUCUAUCCGUCAGAUUUCCCGACCUACCAGAUGGGCUCCCCGCAACCGACAGCAUUUGGUUACACUGUGAUGUUAAAACGUACCACCAAAAGUUACUAUCCAAAUGAUGUGAUGCAGCUUCAAAUGGAUCUUUACUUUGAGACUAGCUACAGAUUACACUUCAAGAUAUAUGACCCAAAGUCUAAACGUUAUGAGGUUCCCAUCCCUACACCUAAAGUUACCAAGCGAGUGCCAUCAACAGACUACAAAGUUCAGUUUUCACGGUCUCCAAUGGGCUUAAUUGUCACCCGUCAAGUGGAUGGUACUGUGAUAUUCAACAGUACCCUGAGUCCCUUGAUUUUUGCGGACCAGUUCCUUCAACUCUCAACCAGCCUGGUCACACCAUACAUCUAUGGUCUUGGAGAACACAGAGGUCGUUUCAGGAUUGCUUCAGAUUGGGAGACCUAUCCAUUGUGGGCGAGAGAUCAACCUCCUCGUGUUGGUGAUAAUUUGUAUGGAGUGCAUCCGUUCCACUUGGGUCUUGAGGGCAGUUCAGGCAACUCCCACGGUGUCUUCCUUCUCAACAGUAAUGCUAUGGAGGUCGUGCUACAGCCUGCUCCAGCACUCACCUACCGGACCAUCGGUGGGAUUCUGGACUUCUAUAUUUUCAUGGGUCCUGGAUCGGACCAAGUUGUCCAGCAGUACACCGAGGUCAUAGGUCGACCGUAUAUGCCUCCUUACUGGGGUCUUGGAUUUCAUCUGUGUCGCUGGGGUUAUGGAUCAUCAAACAGGACCUUGGAGAUUGUCAAACGGAUGAGAGCUGCUUCAAUUCCACAGGACAAUCAGUGGAACGACAUCGAUUACCUAGAUGGACAAAAAGACUUCACGAUCAACAGCGGAUCAUAUUCAGGACUGCCUGAAAUGGUCAAGUAUCUUCAUUCCAUUGGCAUGCAUUAUAUUCCAAUCAUAGAUGCAGGUAUCAGCAGCACUCAACCUGCUGGGACAUAUCCACCGUAUGACACUGGUAUCGCACAAGAUGUGUUCGUUAAAAACAGCAGCGGAAAGCCAAUUGUUGGAAAGGUGUUUCCGGGCGCAACUGUGUUUCCAGACUUCUUCAAUGAGACAACAAAGAGCUGGUGGCUUGAUCAAAUCCGGAAUUUCCACCUUAACUUGUCCUUUGAUGGAAUGUGGAUGGAUAUGAACGAGCCUUCUAGCUUUGUAGAUGGUUCUGUUGAUGGUUGCCCUAAGGAUCCCUACAAUAACCCACCCUACACUCCAGCUACAAUAGAUGGGGGCCACCUAUAUUCAAAGACCCUCUGCCCAUCUGCCACCCAGUCCAUCGGCAAACACUAUGAUCUUCAUAGCCUCUAUGGAUAUUCAGAAUCCAUUGCCACCAACGAGGCUCUGAUGGAAGUACGCAAAAAAAGAAGUUUUCUCAUCGGCAGAUCAACGUACCCAGGGAGCGGCAAAUACACCGCUCAUUGGCUGGGGGAUAACAACAGUCUAUGGCCAGACAUGGCUUAUUCUAUAGCAAGCAUUUUAUCCUUCAAUUUGUUUGGCAUACCUCUGGUCGGAGCCGAUAUCUGUGGCUUCAACCUCAAUACAACGGAAGAACUUUGUCAGCGAUGGAUGCAGCUAGGGGCUUUCUAUCCAUUCUCCCGCAAUCAAAACGCAAUAGGAAAUAAAGAUCAGGAUCCGGCUGCGUUCAGUAAAGAUAUGCAGACUUCAACCAGGAAUGCUCUUCAGCUACGCUACGGCCUCCUGCCAUAUAUCUAUACCCUGUUCCACCUUGCACAUACCCAGGGCUCCACUGUGGCCAGACCGUUGUUCUUUGAAUUCCCAGGGGAUCCUCAGUUGUAUGAUGUGGACAAGCAAUUCAUGUUGGGCUCGGCUAUAGUCGUCACUCCAGUUCUGGAAAAAGGAGCAUCAAGUGUCACUGGGAUUUUCCCUAAAGGAGUCUGGUUAGAUAUUUCCAGUGGGGAUUAUUUCCAAGUGGACAGCACCAAGCCGGUCUCUUUACCAGCACCCCUCAACAAGAUCAAUGUACAUAUGCGAGAAGGUCACAUUGUACCUAUGCAGUUACCCUCGGGGGGCAAUCUCACCACCACGACCCAGUAUCGCCAGCUAGGCUUCACUCUGCUAGUCACUCCCAGCAUCAGGAGCCCUGGUACCGGUCAACUCUUCUGGGAUGAUGGAGACUCUCUGAACACAUACGAGAGUGGCAACUAUCUCUUGGUGGAGUUUGCAUCGAAUGCAACAGCGAUGAAUUCCACCGUGGUGCAUGAUGGGUAUUCAGGAUCACAGCCCGUCACUGUAGAGACAAUCAUCCUCGGCGCAGUUCCUCGCCCGGUCAAACAAGUGACAAUCAAUGGCACCGCUGUUCAUUUUGCAUAUGAGAAACCACUGCUGGAUGUCUACAUCAAAGACUUGACAUUGCCCUUGCAAUUUAACUUCUAUGUGAAGUGGGAAUACCAACCAUGGGAAUGAAGUCAUUGGACUGGAAGUCUGGAACAAACACGACGAUGGAAUGGUUGCUUUCAAUUUACCUUAGUGAUUCAUGUUCGAGUUCUAAUUAUGGAGUAGACGAAAAAUUCUUAAAGGGCAGAUGCAACGAAUUCUUCUAAGUUACCAUUUUAUGCAGCUGUCAAAUCCUCUCAUGUGCAUCAAAAUAAUUUGACAUUGAUUGUUUUUUUAAAUUCUAUUGAAAAUGCCUUUCUUUGAACUUUUAUACUUUAUUUCAAAGACAAAUGAUGGCACUUGUGGCCACUGAGUUGUCUGUCUCGGAAGGAUGUAGUUUGGUUGAGGGAUUUUCAGCUAUUGUUAAACCAUAAUUGCUUAUUGGAAACAUUUGUGAGAAAGAAAAGCUGAUUGGCUUUCUGCUGUGUACUUACACAUCGAAUCUGUUUGAAUUUUAAAACAAAAAAGAAAAAUUUUGUGACAGAAAAAUAUCAAUAAUUCCAGGACCUUUCUGUGCUAAAAUAGCUGUAACACUAAGGGGUUCUGACCCGACCUCCGCACUUUCACUCAUGAAUGAGUAAAUUCACAUCAGGAAAAAGAAAGUACCAAGGUGCCCUCGAAAUUUCCACAACAGAUAUCGAAAGCAAGAUUAACUAGAACACAAAGGUGCAUUUCCAAGGACUUUGUUUUUUCUUUAUAAAUUACAUGACACGUACAGGCCUUGUAAAAAAAGGUGACGACUUUGGAGAACUGAUGGAGAAAACAAAUUAUAAAUUGUAUAACAAAACGCUGAGAUAUCACAGUGGGUAGCAAACUGAAAUGAUAAGUGUGCGGUAUUUACUCAUCUUCACUGAAUACGUAACCAUAAACAUUAUGUACCGAUAAGCAUUGUACAUGUAUUACGAUAAAUGAUGGAAAAAUCCAUCCAAAUGUAUUUGGUUCAAAUACUUGAUCUUUAGGUAUUCUUAUUGGUUCUUAUGUUUCAGUGAUUUUUUUUUCUGAUUGAAAUAUAUGUAUAUUGGAGACAACGUCAUUGAAGGUUGCUUUUGUUAAUUAGGGCAAUACCAAAGCCACAGUUCAAAUGAAAGAGAUGAUCAGAUCAUUAAAUUUUGUAAUUAAAUUUUCAAACUUUCAGUGAAACUGUAAGCUUGUAGUUGGCCCAGAGAUUAAGUGCACUUUACUUCAUCAGAUGUACCAAUGUGAAUCUAUGGGAAAUAGACAUAGAACAUUGAGCAUUAAAUAAAAGCAAUUUCAUGUAAUAUCCCGUGGAAGCAAUAUUUCUUCUAAUUAAGUUGAAUUAUUAAAUUCUUUUGUAAGUUUGAGGAGCUGUUAAAGAAUUCCAAUUCAGUGUUUCUUUUAAAUAAAUUUCAUAUUCUGUUUAGUUCUUCUGUAAAACUGCCAGCCAUUGAUUAGAAUGAUUAAAUAAUUUGUUUCAAGGUCA